AUUGCAGAGGAACUGUAAGGGUGUCCUGCACAGGACCAAGGCUUAGCAAACCACCCUGGAAAUGCAGAUAAUAAAUAUGCUUUAGGGUCUCUCAGAGACAAUUGUAUAUAUUCACUGCGAAGGUUUUGUGCUUGUGGCAGAGAGAGAUGGCUGUUCAGGCAGCCAUCAUGAACUCGCAGUUCUUAAACUUUUGUUUUCCUGGCUCGGUCAUGGAUUAUGAGGUGGAAAAGGGUCUGGAAGGGGGACUCCUGGGUGAGGUGGACUGUGAGGGUGACUUUAAGGAGACCACUAGAGACCUGCUUAGCUUCAUCGACUCAGCUUCCAGCAACAUCAAACUUGCACUGGACAAACCUGUCAAGUCCAAGAGGAAAGUCAACCACCGAAAGUACCUGCAGAAGCAGAUUAAGAGGUGCACUGGAAUCAUCUCACCAGGGAGCACACCAGUUCAGGAGCCAUGCAAGAGACAAGGCUCGCCCCAUAACCCAACAAGCAAUCUCUCCAGCAAAAUGCCUCCCAAGAAGGAUGGGAUGCAGGCCAACCUGCAAAGCAAGAGUUUGGCUGCCCUCUUCAACUCGGCGAAAGAUGUACGAGCAGAGAAAGCCAAGAAGCCCCCGCUGCGGCAUCGAAACCUUCCUCCAUCCUUCUUCAUGGAGCCGGCCAACAGCUCCAGAGUUACAUCUACUUCUGGCAUGUCACUCAAAGACCUGGAGCGAGGGGCUCCGGAAGCAGCAGAGUUCUUGGAGCUUCUUGGACCCGAGUACAGCAACAUGGUCUCAGAGCAGGAUCUAUUCCACACCCUACCUAACAGGAUUCAACAGGAGGUGACUGUGGGCCCAGAGCCAUAUGACUCCCACCAUUUUGUAACUGGUGGGUUCUUGUACACAGAGCCUUGGAGCACUUGUAGCAGCACCCCCAAAAAGUCAGGAGACAUGCGGACAGUACCUCUACAGCCAAAUCUUUAUACUCACACAGACCUUUCUGGCAGCAUGCCUGUGGAACAGAGCUCACCAUGUGCACUUACCUUUUCAAACUUCUUUACAGACUGCACGGCAGCUCCGGUCUCCUACGAUCUAGUGAACGGAUACAACAGAGGGAGCUUUUCUUCUCUUUAAGCCAGAGAUUUUCUGUUUCUUGGGCAUUAUAUUGGAACAAAAACACGUAUGCAUCUUUCAGUAUGAUAUUGAUAAAGGACGCUACCAACAUGUAGUUGCCCUUUUAACCUUAAAACAUUUUGACUCAAAAAAGGAUCCCUUUUAAACCAUUGCUUGAUGGGAUAACAUGCAUACAGUAGACACCUAUAAAAAAUUCAAUCUUAAGAAGACCUUUGCAUCUAAGUACAAUUUUUUCUCAAAUUAUUGAAUGAAAACAAAAUGCAUUUUACAGAUUUCUAAUAAUAAAUUAACAAAACUAUAUGCUUCAGAAAUUAAUUUUUAUUGCUCCCUGAAAAAAACAAAAACAAAAAAAAAACAAAUCUUGGACCUUAUCCUAUAACAUGCAUUGUUUGAUUUAUAAUAUUACCAGUUUGAAGCAACAGCUUGUUACAGAGCUGAUCUCAGGGGGUUCUGCUAAUUUGUUUAAAUAUAUCACAGAUCAAAUAGUCACAAAUAUACAGUGACCCUUUUAAGUAUUUGAAUGCUUAAGCCACACUAAAAAUGUAUGGGUUUAUAUCCAUGAGAUAACAAAAAUAUAAAAU